AUGUUUUCACGAAUCGGUAUAUUUGUAAUAGUCUUGUUCCACGCGUUGUCAGGGUUUGGGGAUGUUUUGGCUGUAAGCCUAUUUAAUAUCACCACCUGCGAGAUAUUUGAACGAGGGGCUCGAUUCGAUCCUUAUGCAGUCGUCGAUUCUCAAUGGAAAAUUAUAUACUUUUGGUCAGACAACACAGAAAUUAAUCCAAUUAUAUUUUCCUUGCUAUCUAAGAAGAGGUUGGGAAAAUUUAGAGCAGUAGUGGAAGCUAUAGACCCCUACAUAACUGUUGAGUGGCAUAAGGCGACCCUGUUGAUGGAACCACGGCCCGGCGUUCAAGUACUACUCCUUUACGCAGGGACGCCGGGUGCCUUCCGAGGACUUGUGAAAAUGGAACAACGACUGAAAGUGCGCCCAUACCCAGAGCCCUUAAUAAAGUUCGCAGAUCUUCGAAUAAAAAUGGAGGGUCAAUAUAUUGGCAUGAUGUGCUGUGAAGAUAUAACAGCUUUUGUAAUGACUCGAGUUGACGAAGUUCCUUCUACCGAAAGAGAAUGUGUAAUCGCUGCAGCAAAAUUAGGUCUCGAAGGACCUGGUGGAAGAUCGUAUAUAUACCUCCAUAACAUGACACGCACUGACCUUUAA